CGCAUGCGCAGUUCGGAUUUCCAUGUGAUUUCAGGACGAAGAAUUUGUCAUUUUAAAGCUUAUUUUAUACCAUUUAGAUGUAAUUUCAAACAUCAAGCAUUUGCAUAGUUAAACACAAGGUACCAUAGCAGAUGCAGGUACUCUAGUCAAUUGCUUCUGUCGAUUACUAGAUGUCUACUCCACCUUCUGCUUCUACACCCAUGGGGUCCCCAGGGUCAGGGCAUAUAGGUGGCUCCCCAACAACAUGGUUUAUCGCAGAGAUACAACAAAUGAUGUUUGGUUUUGGUGAUGUGAAGAAGCCUCUAGCUGAGUCAGCCAACCUAGUAGAGAGAAUAGUUAGACAGCAAAUGAUAACUGUGCUGUUAGAAGCUGUAGAUGUAGCUGUGUCAAGGAAUGCUAGAUUUGUGGGAAUAGAAGACUUCCUAUUUCUGCUUAGGAAAGACAAGGUGAAACUGAGGAGAUUGAUACGCUACAUGGACUUGAAGGACCUGAGGACAUCACUAGUGAAGCCUGGAGAAGAGGAGGAUGUGCAAGAACAAGGUGAGGGCAGACCACCCAUCAGGAAGAGGAAGAAGUUGUGCUUUGAUUUCAUCAACAGCAUUGACCAAACAGGGGAGUUGCUGAGUGUGUUUGAAGACUCCGGUGUAGAUGAGAUUAAACAUCAAAGGUUACUGAGAGCGGAGUUGGCCUCAAGAACCAUGGAAAACCAGGAAUACGUUGAGUUUACCCAGGCGAGGCAGAACAACUUCUUCCGCAAGUUUAAGUUCCAGCGGUUCAAGGAUUGGGUGAUGACAGGUCUGACAGUGGAAGUGAAACCCAACCAGCUUGCUUUGGAGGUCCUUAGUUAUAUGGCGUAUGAGACAGUUGCACAGAUUGUUGACCUAUCCCUGAUAGUAAAGCGUGACAUGUCUGCAAAGAUUGAUGAUCCAUUUGAACAAUUGCUUCCCCCAGUGAUUAAGAACCAUGACCAGGAACCAGCUAGUGGCCACAUGGAACCAUCAACUCCUACUCAAACUCCACCUCAGACACCAACUAGCCCCGCCCACUCUGGAUUGAGUGCCUCACUGGGUAGCAUGUCUUCUUUAGGAGGCAGCAUGUCCAGCUCAAAGAACAAAAAGAGGAAGAAGAGUGGAUCUAGUACAGUUGCAGAGUUGACAACAUCAAAUGCCAUACAGCCUGCAGAGAUCCGUGAAGCUAUGCGCAGAUACAGUCAGUCUGUGGGUCCAUUUGCACCAUUGAGGUAUGGUCCUGAAUCUGCAAUGAAUAAGAUCCUAUCUUGCUGAGGGAUGGUUGACACCAUACUAACUCACAUAAUCCUGGAACGAGCUGAUGGCUCCAGGUGUUACAUCACUGUGGAUGGACAUUGUAAUACUGAUGUCACAAGUGUUCAACCCAAAAUGGAUGAAGUACAGAGAUCUCAAAUAUCUUUUGGAAAUUAGAGAUAUAAAUAUCCAGAAAUAGGUCACUACUUACUAGUCGAAGAUAGACCCACAAUAGAGGGGGUAAACAAAGGUGAACAAUGGUUAAUCCCCGAAGUCAAUAUUUACAUUUGGGAUUAAGUCUACGGGGAACGUGAGGGAACAAUAGACGGGGAUUUUAGCGUGUGAUUUUUCGGCUGCCUGGGGGUAAAAUCGGGGCGUUUCCCUAGGGGGUGAGGCGGAAAGGGCGCGGUCGCCUCAGGGGGUGAGGUCGGUCCCCGGCUGUACUCGUCGCGCCGCGUCGAACGGCGCAAACCCCGAGCCCGUGGGACCAGGGGUUCUCGAGAUAGGGGCGACAGGCGAGGGGGGUUUAUUUCCCCAGUAAACAGGCAGACGGCGACAAUAUAACUGUAUAUAGCCCACUGACGAUUGUAGUAACAAGAAAAAACGUUGUAAGACUAAAAUCUAAUUUUUAUUUUUAUUUCAAAAAAGAAGAAGGGAAUGGUACAGUGUCUACCUAAAAUAAUUAUUAUUAUGCUAGCAAGUUUACUACGUUAUACAGUAUAUACAUAUAUAUUAUACACAUUCAGUUGGACCCUACGUACUCUUUAACACUAUCGAUAUAAUAUAAUAAAUAUACAGUAGUCCUUAUAGUGCUAAUUUUUACAAGUUCACUAGUACACUAGUUUCUUAAUUUUCAUACGAUCGCUUAGUUUUACAAGUUUGUCCUUUCCUGGAUCCAGGGCAGCAAAAUGGAAGAGUAUUGACGUAUCUCUCUACGAGAGCAUCGUUCAUUUGAGUGAUUUCAGAAAAGUCCGUUAAUAUGUCCUCCACAGACCUUCCUUUGCUCCAUUCUACGGCGAAAUAUAUAGUGUACUGGCCGCACACGUUCGUGUCGUACCCUUGUAGAGUAAUCCCUGUAUGCCGGACCUUUCUAUCCGACAAAUGUGCGUACCGACCGAUGUCGGAGUUGUAAAAGUCCACAUUUUUCCCAUAUGAGUCCACAAAGUAGAUAUCUGAGUGGACAUCUUUAGGUACUAAGAAUAAUAGCCAAUGUUUUCCUGGCAUAUUCGAUCUCUGACUAUUGGCGACAAUUAUUUGGCAGGAAAGGCCGGAAGUAAACAUAGGAAUCUUAUCACUAGGGUAGACGCCGCAGAAACGAUUCUUUGUGUACUCGUUGCAUUUCAAAACGUACUCAAUUUCG